UGUACGUAAGAACUACAGGCUUUUUUAUGCGUUCGUUUUUUAUGCUGUCGUAUUCGAUCCCUUUUUCGCGCUAGAUUUCAUCGUAGGAGGUAUUUUUUUUAUUGAGAGUUGGAUUGUGAUCAUAAGCUGCUGAUCCUUCUGUUGUCUCAUUUAACAAAUACAUAUGAUAUUGCAAUUCCUUUAAUUCAGCAAUUUUAAACUGUGAAUGGUUAAAUUAAAGACUAGACUACUUAUUCAGAAAUAUGCUGUUAUUUUGCAUCGUUUUCCCUGAAAUGCAAAUAGUUGCUAGAUCCGGUACCAGAGUGAACCUCGUCAGUCAUUAGUUCGCCUGUACGACGCAUUUAAUUACCGAUCGCCUCCACGGCAACCGACUAUCGUCACAAGAAUCCUGCAGGGCAGCCAAAAGACAAAAUAUGCCCUUCGAGCCAAACACCAGGUUAAAGAUCCAAAUUAAUAUUUCAUGUCCAAAAUAUUCGAAGUCUAACCACGAACGCAUCGCCAGCAUUAUGCAUUGACGUAUAACAUUUGCGAAUGCUAAAUUCACCGAGGAAAAUCCCCUAAAUUGAACCGUAGAAUACUGCCUAAUCGUGGUUCGCAUCCGCUGAGAGGUAUUUUCUAGUAUUCAAAAACGUCGUUUUAUGCAUUUUGGCGCCACAGGAAACAAGGAACAAGUUUUAACAGCUGAAUUUUUUCAGCGCUGGCUGUGAUGAAGCGCGGGGGACGAUGGAGAGUCACCAAAAAACAAUUGCAAAGAUGCCUACCGAAUGCAUAUUACUACUUGUUCUACGCAGCUUUAGGGUCACUGCUACCUUUCCUGACUCUUUACUACCGUUCUCUCGGUCUCAGCGCUUGGCAAAUCGGUGUUUUGGGAGGAAUUCGUCCGCUAAUUGCGCUGCUUAGUGGACCAUUAUGGUGCUUCAUUUCAAACCAGUACAAUGUUAGAAAGCUUAUCUUAGUAGCGUCUCUCAUCAGCUGGGUCGCCUUCACUUUGCCGCUAGGAUUCGUAUCUCAUGCUCAAAAUGCGAACUGCCAUGUUGGUUUGAAGUCUUACAGGAACAGAACCACUCAACUAGUGAACAAUACUGCAGAUAAUGUGAAACGUGGAGUCGAUCAUCUCGGGAUGGAGCGAGAAUUUAUUCGUGAAACGUCGAUGGAAAUGGAAGCUAAAAAUGCAAAUGAUGAUAAUUCUCAUGGUAAAUAUCUGGAAAUGAAAAAAAGAGAUCGGCGGGGAUCUAAGGUUGAGGAGAAAGACCCUCGGCACAUAGAACUUGAGAAGCCGUUUGUGAAUAGCUUUAGCACAUUUGGUAUGAAGCUUAAUAAUGGCGAUUACAGGAAGAAGCGACGACCUUACGAUUUCAAAUCCCGAGGCUACCCUUACAUCAACAAGCGAAAAAACCCCUUCGUCAAGACGAUUUUUAUCGAGCUGUUCUUCCUCGUGCUGCUUGGGGAGCUAUUCCAGGCCCCUACAGACGACAUGAAUAGCCACUAUGAGGGAACAUUCCUAGAGCACCUGGACGUGCUCUAUCAGAGUGUGCCUACCAAUAGCCUUUGCAGCGCACUGGGCAUCGCCCUAUCCGCUUUUUUCACUGGCCUCGUCAUAACCUUCUCGCCGAAAUUCAACAUCUGUGGAGAGGAAUACAGCGAUUACAAAAUAGCUUUUUAUUUUUUCGGCGUUCUGAUGACUAUGGCGCUUGUGGUGUCGGUGAAAUUCCGGCUGAACUACCGACGGAAACGGACGGAGUUUGACGUUCUGGGUUCGCUCAGGUUGCUGUGGAGUGCCGAGCAUGCGCAGUUCGUCGUUGUCACUCUUGUAAUGGGUACAUUCCGCGGCCUCCUCUCUAACUUCCUCUACUGGAACACCGCUGAAAUCGGCGGCUCAGAGCUUGUGGUGGGCGUGACAGUCGUCAGUCAGUAUCUCUCUGACAUCCUUGUGAACAUGGCCGCGCCUGCGCUCAUGAUCUAUGCCGGCUUCGUUGGCAUGAUCUACUGCGGGCUCGCCUCGUACGCAGUGCGCUUUCUUGUGUACUCAUGGCUGAGUACCCCGCAGUCUGCGUGGGCGAUCCCUUCCGUCGAGUUGAUGCACGGGGUCUCCAACUCCUUGGCAUGGUCAGCCUUCAUCCUCUACAUCAUUAACUACACGCCGAGGUCCACUUACCCCGUGGGAAUCUUCAUCGUACAAGGACUUUACCUUGGAGUUGGCUCAGGCAUCGGAGGGCUGCUCGGUGGCGGGAUGAUACAAUUGGUGGACACUAAUGUAUCGUUCCGUGUGUUUGCGCUGGUCAGCCUGUUGCUGUGUCUGGUGUUCGUCAUGAUGCAACCCACAGGGAUGGACGAGGUGCUUCCGAGCGAGGUGGAGGGCUUGUCUCACUUCGCCGACGAGGACGACUACUCUAGUUUCAGUGAAGAGGAGCUACUCAACAGCUAUGACGACAGGACCUUAAUUUACACCCCUCCCCACGGGGCGAACGAGGACGGGCGGGUACAAGCCAAGAGAAGCCCAUUCACGCCAGGAAACGCGCCAUUCGUGCCCAUGUUCAUGUCGAUCGUGAAGACUCAGGCGGACAUUAAACCGAGGCACUAAGCAAGUUACCCUUCGUGAAGACGCAAAAAUCUACAGAUUUUUCCCAGCAAGGGAAAAUUAAACAGCCUUUCGGUAAUAGCGCUCCUCCCUUUCCUAACCAACCUUUUGACCUUUGAUGGAACGACCGGAUUUUUAUUGCAAAUACUGCUUUUACUUCGCGUAAAAAUGUAAUAUCGACCACGCCAGGACUCGAACCUGGAAUCUCCUGAUCCGUAGUCAGGCGCCUUAUCCAUUGGGCCACGCGGCCGUUACAUGCAGGGCGAUUUAAAAAAUAUUAUAUUUGAACUCAAAGAUGUUUUGGUUUGUGCGACCAUCGAGAGAGUGGAAUAGCCUGUCUCAGUUAUAAACAGCUAGUAGCCCGUUCACUCGUAUCGUGUUUACAUUCUGAUGAAAGUGACCACCAGCAGGAACAGUGAGACAUUUUACGGUCAAAACUACUCUGUAUCGACGCUCAUAUCGUCCUUUAACUAUAACGACAAAAAUGUAAAAAAAUAAUAAUUUAAAGAUUCGA